AUGUUGGAGUCUACGGAUGCUGCUUUGGUGGGCACGAGCCUCGUGCUCGCGGUCGGGACCAUCGUUUUUGUGUCGAUCCAGCUCGACAGGCAGUACACGACCGUUGGUCGGCUGAACGCAAGUAAAUGUGAGUCCACAAACGAUCUCAACCACCGCAAGGCUGCAAAUACUGACCCGCUAUAG